AUGAGGGGAGCAAAUGUCAGGUUUCCGCUCUUCACACUUUUUUUAUUUUAAAUUUCCGUCUGCAACAAUUUGCAACGUCGUGUUCGAACUGUGAAGCCUCCAAUGGCAAAGGAUCCUGUGCAAUUACUGGAUGACGAAGAUAACUUCGCUCCCAGAUUUGAGCAGGUACUAGAAGAGAUUUUCAAACGCUUCGACAAGAGCAACAAAGGCUCAUGGACUAGAGAUGAAAUCAACGAGUUUGCUACUCAAACCAACGGCAAGCCUUUUGACAAAGAUACAUUGGAGGAAAUCGAAACUUUUUUUGAAGUAACAGAAGAGGGUAAUCUUACUACUAAUGGGUUCAUGCAAAUGUAUCACUUGCAAACACAAAACGAUCCUGAGGAGACGUGGAAGGAUUUGAAAACAUAUGGAUACGAUGACAACUUGGACCUUGUAUCUAGUAGAACUGAAGAUGAAAACCCCAUUUCACCAGCACCAGAGAAAUAAAUACUACACUGAAUGGAUAUUUAAAAUUGCAA